GUCUUGUAUCAACCUUUACUAGCGUCAGUUGAUAUUUUCUUCUCCUAAUAUAUAAUGUUUAUCAUUUAUUAAUAGCAGGUGAUAUUCAAAAACAUUCGGAAAAGAAUAAGAGGAAAUCUUAAACUUCUCUGGACUUUUUCUUGUUAAGCCCAUGCAUUCAACAGAGGAAGUUUAAAAUAUGGAUCAGUACUCAUAUCAAUCCCCUAUAUGCACAUACCAACAAAUUGCUCAUAAUUGGCAAGGUUUUGAGUAUUUGCCAAGCGACCAAGAAGAUCAACCUAUGAAUGAUAUAGAAGACAUCUUAGAUUACAUUUCAGCUUCUCCAGAGAUGGAAAGUUCUGCUGAAUCCGACAGUGACCCUGCAAUACCAACAACUGUCCAUGAUAUAUAUGACAUCAAAACUCAAGAACCAGAUAAUCAUCGGAAUACAUCGAAUAGCAGGAACAUUUCAAGGCAUUGUCGACAAAAUGGUAGUGUUCGUUUGUGGCAGUUUCUUCGUGGUCUGCUGUUAAACUCAGCGUUUAAUCCUUCUCACAUCAUGUGGAUCAACCGAAGCAGAGGCGAGUUUAAAAUUGUGAAGAACAAGGAAAUAGCACAGAUGUGGGGAGAUGAAAAGAACAAUUCUAGCAUGACAUAUGAAAAGAUGAGUCGAGCAAUGAGAUAUUAUUACAAACAUGAAAUCCUAGAGUCCGUUUCAAACAGACGACUUGUGUACAAGUUUGGACCGAUGUCUCAUGGGUGGUGAACAUUAUCAGUAUCAAAGAUGGACCAGUGUCUCAUAUUUUAUGGCCGUUAUCAUCAUUAAGAUUAUAGCAUUAGUUUUUAAAAGAUGAACAUUAUAUAUUAUGAUAAUGCAAAAAAAUGUUAUACUUGACAUUCGGUUAAACCUACAGUUUGACUUUUCAUCAUAAUUAUGUUGCAUUAAUAUCAAACCAACAGAGUCAGAUACAAACUGGAACUGCCAAGAAAUGGUAUUAGGGAUAUUUUAAAUACUAAUUUUAAAAUAUAGAUAUAACAAUUAAAAAAAAUAUAUUUUGUGAUAAAAUAUUAACACCUAAUUUGACAUUGCAGCUGUCAAAACAACAGAGAAUAUUAAUUUAUCAAGGAUGUUUGCUGUAGAUCUCAAAUAACUCCAUAUUUAAAAAAAUGGCAGCUUUUAAAUUCAUACACAUAAUCAUAAUGUAUUAAACAUCAAAUUGAUAAAAAAAAAAAAAGUUCGAUCAGUUCUGUCUGAUUGUAAAUUGCAAAAUUAGAAAUAAAAUGUUUAAAAACCAAUCUAGAUUUUUUUCUAAAGGAUUAAAAAAAAUAGUGUUUUGAUAAUUUGAACAAAAAUAUCUAUCAAGUCAUUUUUAGAUAUCUUAUAAAUUUCAUAAUAUUUCGUCAGAAUCUCAUUGAAUCUUUUGAAAAACACAUGUUCAAAACAACCUUACUAUUUACCAGUUACAGAAUUAAAUAAUUGUUGAGUAAUACUUUUUAAAAGCGUCUCACAGACAUUCCGAUUGGCUAACAAGGUUAUAAAUGAUGGAAAUUUCAACCAAUGACCUGAUGUUAUUUAUUGUUAAAUGUAAACACAAGGCAAUAACCGAAAAUUGUGUUCAAUUAAUAAUAGUUUAUGUUUAUUCCAUAUUUUCCGCAUUAAAAUAUUAAAAGUAUUCGUUAAAAUAUGUGUUCAUGGUCAAUUUAAUUUCAAUGUUGACUUGUUUUUAUAUAUAUAUCGAUGUAGAUUUUUGUUUUUAUCAAAUUGUGUGAUUUUUUAUAUAUAUGUAAAAUCAAGCUAUAUUUUAUGAUGUUACGUUAUGACAUAUUAUUUUGUUUGCAGCUUUUAACAAAAAUGUUGUUUUAUUUACAAUUGUUAGGGACGACAUCAAAAGUUCAAUGUAGGAUAAAGAAUAUUUUUUACUGUCCCUUCCCCCACCCCCCCUGUUAACUUAAUUUGGAAAAAAAUGAUUUACCUAUAUGGAUAUAUGUAAGAUAGAUUUUGGAUUAAAAAAAACUUGCAGCAAUGAUGACCCCCACCUCCAAACUAUUUGAUUUAAGAUUUUUUUUUAUAUCCUACAUCGAUCUUUUGAUGUCGUCCCUUAUAUAAUGUAUAUAUGUAUAUAGUUGUUAACUUUAAGUGAUGUGUUGUUAAUGCUUUUUAUAAAUAUGAAUUAAAACUUCUAAAACAAUAUAAGAAGAAACGAAAA